UGUAGAAUCCCACAGGUGCUAAAGUGGACCAGCGCACAGCUGAACCCUCCACCCUCGGCGGCCAUAGCAAUUUCUAGCGUUUGUCUAUCAAAUUUCCGCCCCCGUUCAACUUUUCUCCACCCACCCAUGAUCCUCUCCAGACUCAAACCCCUGCGCCACCAUCUCUGCCGCCGCAGCCUCGCUCUCUCCGCCGCCGCCGUCCGCCAGGAAAGCACCAUCUGGACCCCAACACGGCUAAUAAAAGUCACCCCCGCCGCCGAAUCUCACUUCCACAUCACCAUCGACGUCUCCGAUUCCCCCGACCUCGCCUCCUCUUACACCAAAGCCGGGCAGUAUUUACAGCUCCGUCUCCGGGAUCCGUACGCCAGGCCUACGUUUCUCGCCAUCGCAUCGCCACCGUCAAUCGCCGCUUCCAAAGGCGUCUUCGAGUUUCUAGUGAAAUCCAUCGCCGGCUCCACGGCGGAGCUCCUGUGCGGGCUGCAGAGAGGCGAUGUUGUUGAAUUGAGUUCCGCCAUAGGCAACGGUUUCGAUAUCGAUCAAAUCUCCCCGCCGGAAAAUUACCAGACGGUGCUCAUUUUCGCCACGGGAUCCGGAAUCAGCCCGAUUCGGUCUCUGAUCGAGGCAGGCUUUGGUGCUGAUAAGAGAGCCGAUGUGAGACUCUAUUAUGGUGCCAGAAAUCUUAGUAGGAUGGCAUAUCAGGAGAGAUUUAGAGACUGGGAAUCUUCCGGAAUCAAUAUUGUUCCAGUGCUGUCAAAGCCAGACGAUAGUUGGACUGGGGAGCGAGGUUUCGUGCAGGCUGCAUUUGCUAGAGCGAAAAGACUCUUGAACCCUCAGUCUACUGGUGCAGUUCUCUGUGGCCGAAGACAAAUGACUGAGGAGGUAACUUCUAUUCUUGUUUCUGACGGAGUAGCGAGUGAAAAGAUUUUGAAGAAUUUCUGACAACCGCAGAUUUCAAAGUCGCUGCCGUGUAUCAUUGUAUUUAAUAGUUAAUAGGUCAUUCAUUUUACACAUCCUGUGCAUAAGGAUGAAAUUAAAAUCAUAGAAUAAAACCAAUUUUGUCAUAUCUAAGUUUAUUCAUCUUCCCCACUAGUGCUUCUUGCAGCUGAGUAAAGUGUGUUCUGGUUAUAGUCCAUAUUUCGAGCAAUCGUUUAUAUGUAAAGCAAAGAUAUUCGACCUUUAGUAGGAGAGUUGGGUAGUUUUGUAGCUGAUAAUACUCACCAUGUCCCAUAAUACACAUCUCUUUGGAGAUUUUUUUUUUGUCUCAAACUGUCAUUUUAUAAUUCUAAUGAAGUAUUAAUUGCAUU